GCUUCGAGUGACAUUUACAAUGAGGCUGCAGGUGAAAUGAAAUCAUCCGUCUCGUUUUAUGAGUUGUUGCGACAGAGUAUAGUUGUUUAAAACACUGGUGUCUUCAAGUAACUAGAAUGGAACGGUCGAAUUAGACCUCGGGACGUGAAUUUCAACAGAGGCCUCUGCAGGAAUGGAGAACGGAGGCUCAAUGAACUUACUAGACUACAGGGAGGCUUUGUGGGAAAAUGCCGAGAAGAACCGGUACAUCUUGUGCCGUUUUAUGAACCCCAACAAGCUGACCUCAUAUCUGCGCCAAUGCAAGGUCAUCGAUGAACAAGACGAAGACGAGGUGCUCAACUCUCGCCUGCUGGAGUCCAAAGUCAACCGAGCAGGUCGAUUGUUGGAUAUCCUGCACACAAAGGGAGAGCGAGGCUAUGUGGUUUUUCUAGAGAGUCUAGAGUUGUACUAUCCUGACCUCUACAAACUCGUCACGGGGAAGGAGCCUACACGCAGAUGUUCCACUAUAAUCGUGGAAGAGGGCCAGGAAGGGCUAAUCCAGUUUUUAAUGAAUGAAGUCAUAAAGCUUCAGCAGCAGUCCAAGGCUAAAGAAGUGCAGCGGGUGGACAUCAUGACCAAAUGCCGCACGCUAGAAGAUGAGCACAAGAAGCUUCGACUGGCCAACCAGGAGCUGCAGACCUUCCAGGAACGCUACAAUAAGAUGAAAGAAGAGCGUAAUAACUAUAACGAUGAACUUAUGAAGGUGAAGGAUGACAACUAUCAGCUGGCGAUGCGAUAUGCCCAGCUCAGCGAGGAGAAGAAUAUGGCCGUGAUGAGGAGCCGAGACCUUCAGCUAGAGAUUGACCAGCUGAAGCACAAGUUGAACAAGGUGGAGGAGGAGUGCAAAAUGGAAAGGAGGCAAUCUCUGAAACUGAAGAAUGACAUUGAGAACCGACCUCGGAAAGAGCAGAUAUUUGAGCUGGAGCGAGAGAAUGAGGUCUUGAAGAUCAAAAUCCAGGAGUUGCAGUCCAUCAUACAGCCCGGGCCUCUACCUGAUUCAGACAAGGCCAUCUUGGAUAUCCUGGAGCAUGACCGACAGGAGGCUCUAGAGGAUCGUCAGGAGCUAGUCAACAGACUCUAUAACCUGCACGAAGAGGUCCGACAGGCCGAGGAGCUCCGUGACAAGUACCUGGAAGAGAAGGAGGACCUUGAAUUAAAGUGCUCCACUCUGGUGAAGGACUGCGAAAUGUACAAGAACCGCAUGAACACGGUCAUGGUGCAGCUGGAAGAGGUGGAACGUGAGCGGGACCAGGCUUUCAAGUCAAGAGAUGAUGCUCAACACCUCGUGUCUCAAUGUCUGAUUGACAAAGACAAGUACCGCAAGCAAAUACGGGAGUUGGAAGAGAGGAGCGAUGAACUUCAAAUAGAAAUUGUACGCAAGGAAGCCAAGAUAGUCAACCUGGAGUGCAAACUGAGACGGAUGGCCAAAGAAAAUGGUUUGGAUCAGAGUCUGCCACGAGACAUUACUCCACUAAUUAUAGCUCAACACUUUGGGCAACCUGAUGGAAAUACAGGAGGACCUUCAGAGGACUCUGGAGAAGACACUGUUGAUGAUCAAGAGCAUAAGCUCCAACGCAGAAGCAACCUUAAGGGCAGAAUUAACCGACCAAAAUCUCCAGCCACUGGACCCAAAAGUCCUAAGUUUCAAGCCAUGUCUUUCACAAACGGAGAUCUGUUAGAACCUGCAGCUACUGACAACACAAGUCUUAACAGUGCCAGUGCAGUGAUUUCUCCUGCAGAGAUCUGCUAUAAAAAUCUGCGGGGCCGUAAUGACAGUAUCUUGUCCACCGUGCCUGAGCCCCCAGACCAGAACUCCAUUGUCAGGAGAAGCAAGGAGACCCCAAACUCUCAAUACAAAUGUAUUCCCAUUUCAGACACUGCAGAUACUGACAGCGGAGACAAUGCCGACAUGGACGACCAGGACUUAGAUUCUUCCUUCUAUGGGCCUUCAUCCAUCCAUUCAUCUUCAUCUUCCCACCAGUCUGAGACAAUGGACUCUUAUGAUCUGGAGCAAGUCAAUAACAUCUUCAGGAAAUUCUCUUUGGAGAGACCAUUUCGUCCUUCAUUGACCUCGGGCCCUCCACAAAACACAUUGCGGCCAGUGCAGAGCCUUUUUCUCUCUGGAGAAAACCUUCUGUCGGACAUCACUCUUAUUGGUGGAAAUGAUAGCGGCAUAUUUGUGUCCUCUGUGCAGUCUGGUUCUGAAACAGACCGGGCCGGAGUUAAAGUCGGACACCAUCUUUUAAUGUUGGAAGGCAAUGUUCGUGGAGAAGCUCAGAGUGUGGCUUUGGAAACCUGCACCAAAGAGGAAGCUCACUGGACCCUGCAGAGAUGCACCGGACAAGUGCAUCUCCAUUAUAAGUCUAACUAUGAUGGCUACAGGCGGCUGCUGAAGGACAUUGAAGAUGGCACAGUGGUAUCCGGAGACUCUUUCUACAUCCGUCUCAAUCUGAACAUCUCCAGCCAGUUGGACAACUGCUCACUGAAUGUACGAUGUGAUGAGGUGCUUCAUGUUCUGGACACCAUGCACCAGGGCAAAUGUGAGUGGCUGUGUGCCCGAGUUGACCCUUUCACCAACAAGGACACGGAGAGAGGCACGAUACCGAGCUACUCCAGAGCCCAGCAGCUCCUCUUGGUGAAGAUGCAGAAGCUGAUGUGUCGAGGGGGUCGAGAGGAAGUUGAAACACUGCGAGGACUCCGGAACACUCUACAACCUGAGGAGCCCACACCAACUCAAGACCCCAAGUGUAGUCCACGUCUGUCCAGAGCCAGUGUCUUCAUCUUUCAGAUAUUACAGUUUGUCAGCAGGGUGGAUAACAAGUACAAGAGGAUGAACAGCAGUGAGCGUGUCCGCAUUGUCAAUGGAGGAAAUCCAUCAUCAGUUUCCAGACCAGGUUUUGAAACGCUGAAGCCUGAGGACACCUCUGACCCAGAGAGCGACUUAAACAAGGGCUUGAACCUGAUCCCGUACAGUCUAGUGACUCCACACCAAUGCCUGCGUAAAAGACCUGUCCUCUUCACCCCCAACGUCCUCGCCAAGACCAUUGUCCAGAAGUUCCUUAAUCUCGGAGGUGCUAUGGAGUUCAAUAUAUGCAAACCAGACAUUCUGACAAAAGAUGAAUUCCUCAUGAAACAGAAGAUAGAGCCCAUCAUUUAUUCCAAAGAAAAGCAGGCCUGCACAUAUGAAUGCAUCACUCCAGAAAACAUCGAAGCGGUUGCCUUCAAGAACAAGCACUGUCUCCUGGAAGCUGAUCUGAGCUGUGUGAAAGACUUGUUGAGGAGAGAGAUCUACCCCAUCGUGAUCUUCAUCAAAAUCUGCGAAAGGAACAUCAAAAAAUUAAGGAGGCUCCCUCUGAAGGUGGACUCUGAGGAGGAGUUCUUGAAGAUGUGCCGCUCCAAGGAGAAGGAGCUGGAGACGCUGCCGUGCUUGUACGCCGGUGUGGAGCCCGACUCUUGGAGUGGCGUGGAGGAUCUCGUCAGGAUCAUCAAGGAAAAGAUUUUUGAAGAGCAGAAGAAGACGGUCUGGGUGGAGCAGGACCUGCUGUGACCUGAAGUAACGGCUUACGGCGCACCAAAACUGUUUUCAGCCUUGGGUGGAAUGUGUGCAUGCAGCACAGGCGUGUGAACAGGAAGUCAAAAGUGUGAAAGGUGAGGUGUGUUUCUCUCUGCUGUCAUAAACCAAAAAAACCAAAGCAAACACGUGGACGAGGUACCAUGUGAUGCUCCUUACAUUCACAUGGUAAGCAGUGGAACUGUUCUCAUCCCAGAGCUUCUCAUCUGUUAUUCUCCUGAAGCACAGCUGUUGUCAAUAAAACAUGAUCCUUUCCUCAAUAUACGACUGCCCACUGAAUUCUGCUUCAGCUGUAUUCUGGCUGAUUUGUGUAUAACUGUAAGAUGCCACCAUUGUUGCAAUAAACAGUAUGUACUUUUGUCUAUGUAGGCACAUUACAUCGAUUAAUAUUAGUGACUUCUAUAUUUAUUUUAAUACGAACCUACAUUUGGAACGUGUUUCUAAUCUCUGUGUCAGUAACACACAUGUGGCUUAUAUCUGUGCUCAUUUCAGCUGCUACCGUAAUCCUUGCCAAGGUUUUACUGUAUCGGUAGGUCAAACUGUAUUUCAGAGGCAUUAUACUGCACAAUAAUGUACAUGACAUGUCAAGCUCAUGACUGUAAUUCACAACCUUGUGUUUUUUUGGGGCAUUAUUUUGGAGUAUGUUUAAGCUGUCAUUGAUUGACAUCAUAAAGUGCACUCUUAUCUUAGAAGUUUUCAUAGUGUGCCAUUUAGAAACACCAUGAAUUAUGGGUACCUAACAAGUAAUAUGAAUUUCUUUUAAGGUAACAUUCAAGGUUAAAUGUAUAUGAAUGUAAAGAAACGUAUAAGGGAUUUUUUUCUUAUAUAUAAGCAUCUUUUCUGUACAUUCGAAUGUGUUCUGUUUAACUUUUUUCUUCUAAGCAAAGAAAUGAUGACUAACCUUUUUACCAUGAUUUACAGAAGACGCCCACUAAAAUGUUAAUCAUAGUAUCAGUAGUUGUAUACCAAAAGAUAAAGUCAGGCAUGUUUAAAACAAGAAUCAUUAGAAGAUAUAAUAAAAUGAAUGACUAAUUCAUUCUAUUUAUAAAUCUUUACCAAUUUCUUCCACUAUCCUUAAAAAUUUAUUUGACAGCAGAUGGGUCAAAAUACCCAUUUUAUUAAACCGUAAUAACAUUUUGCAAGACCAGACUGGACUUUUAUACAUUUUAAUAAGCAUAGGUCAGAUAAAUUAUGUUUUAAUUUUACAUCAAAAUUAUUAUUAUUAUUAUUUUACAUAAAACAGUUAACUCUUUUCUUGCGAUUAAUAUGCUUUCUGUGUAUAUAAAAUCACUUUUGUAAAUGUAACUUGGUGCGAAAACCAAAAUGGGAUGUCUUGUCUUUGACCAAUACAGUUGAAUUAUUUGUUUUUUUUUUUUAAAUCUUUGUUAAUUAAAUAUAUUUCAUAUAUUUAAUUAAUGAUUUGUAUUUAUUACAGUACAAAUAUUCCAUUCAAUCGGUCCUAUACUACAAAGUCAUAAAAACGGCAUGUGUAAUAAUUAUAAAAGAAUUAUGAAAAUAUAUUGAAUGGCUGAUGUCAACUACACUUGUAUUGCCAUAGAUAUAAACAUACAACAUAUUGAUAUGUAUAUAUUUAUUGUUGGGAUUGAUGCCAUUGAAGAGGAAACUUGAUGUACCAGCCUUAGCACCUGUUUAAUAGAAUUAAACCGAAAUGUCUGUUUUCUAGAAGAGAGGCUGGAGUUAAUGUUUGUAUAAUAUCUACUGCCGUCUUAUCAAGGGGUGUACAUCCUUAAGUCAAGGCAACAAAAAAAAAAAAAAAAAAAAAAAUGUUCAGUGUAUUAAGAAACCGUCUUUUUUGUGUUAUCUCCCAAAGCUUAGAUUUGUAUCUGUUUUUGUAAAUAUUAUUUUAUAAACGGACACAGGAAUGUACUGCUGACACAACAUGGUGUGUUCUAUGUAAUAAACUGUCUUAUGAA